AUGAAGCUCCUUGCAGCUGCUGCUGCCUCGUUCGCCGUUUGGGCAGUCGCCACUGCGGACCCUGUGCUGUCAUCGACCGAGAUAGCGAUUUCUGCUGGCAUUUUGAAUGGCGAAAACAAUCUGAGCCUGACCGAGACCGGCCUGGCGAAUCAAACCGAUGACAAGUUGCUGAUGGGCAAUAAGGAAAGCUUCCAGCGUUUGGAAACCGUCAUAGCUACAGCCACUCCUGCUACGUCUCAAGAUGCCACCGCCGAACGAGAGGCCAUCAUUACUGCUACCACUCAAAGUAUCAGGCACACGAAAAUCGCCGAAGAUGUUCGGGCAAUCACCUCCACGGCUAUAAUCAUUGAGACGGCUACUGCCACUCCCGAGUUUGCCACUACGACCGCCACUCACAAAUCUGCCACUCUGACUGCGAACCACGAGACUGCGGCUGUUGGGUCCAUUACUGCCCAUCCCACGACUAUUACACACGCAACAUAUAUCGACGCAUAUGGUGACGUGACAGAGGUUGACGAUUUCUAUCUUGAGCCUUCCGAAUCCUUGUGGAUCUCGCCCAUCGGCGAAGACGACGAGCAGUUCGACUACGAGUCACCCGAGCGCAUGCUCCUGUCCACCGUUGUGCCACUCACCUCUGCUACCGAGGAGGCCGAGCCCACGUCUACCCCCACUACGGCUGCGUCGGAUACCAAGUCCAGCUAUGAUCUCGCGGAGGUCCUACCCGCCGAGCUCGACGUCGAUGCCAUGGGGCGGCUACUCAACGACACCAAGAUCCUGCACAAGCUUGCGCAGUCGGACAUUGACGCGAUCGAGAUCUGCCGGUCGUACGCCUUCGACGCCAGCCAGCUCAACUGGCACAUCUCCCAGGCCGAGGAGUGGAUGCGCCAGUACUCCCUCGAGAAUAAGGACCGCGAGUACUUCAAAAGAAACGGGCUCAUCGCCACUAUCGCCUUCGAUUUCCUCGGCAUGAAUAAUUAUAAGUGUGCCAUCGGAUUCACUCAGUUGUGCACUGUCGAUUGCCCUACCGUCGUCAGAGGUAUCGAUGAUCUGGAGCUGGCCAGGAAAGUCUAUUUCGUCAUGGCUAGUGCGUUGAAUAUGUUGUCGGUCUUAGACACCGUUCAUGGCACUAUGGUGGCAUCUCAGAUGAACCUGCAGGGCAUGGUUCAGAAGAUGUCGAUGGACUUCUUCUACACCUCGCCGACGGAGGGGGAGCGGGAGCGGCAGCGGCUCUGGCACUUUUUCGUGCAGCUCACGAUCUGGAGCGCACAGACGGCGAUCAACUCGGUAGUUCCACUUAUCCCAUGGUCUACGAUCCAAGACUACGUCUUGUACCGGGUCAGCAAGCUCGCCAAGGUGACGCUGGACCACACUGGUCGGAUCGACCGCUUCGACGACCACGAGUUCGACGAGUGGCGCGGGCGCGUGAUCGAGGAGACGCUGGGCGACAUCAUGUACACGCAGCUCAACAACAACAUCGAGCCGCUGCGGGUGCCGCCGCGGUACGGCGGACACUACCGCUGGAACCCGGGCGGCGCCACGAUCUCGGACUGGAUGCGCGUCAACUCGCAUGCCACAAGGAUGUGGGAACACUACUUCUACGACAGGCAGCUGCCCAUGUGCUACGAAGAUAGGGCGUAUCAUGCCGAUAACCGAAGGGGCAUCGAUAUUGGCGCAGACUUUAGGAGAAGGGCCACUAUGGAGGGGUUCUGGUCCGCCGUCGGUCACGCCUGGAAAGAUACUAAGGAGCUCGUCCAUGGAACGUAUGAUCGCGCCGCCGGUAUGUAUCAGCAUCUGAAACAUGGCUACAACGGGUAUAUCGACCACCUGCGACACACGGAGCCGCCGUCGCACCUGGAGCCCGGCCAGAGGAUCGCAUCCAUUGGGGGGGAGAGUUCCUGGCACCCCCGCGAUCAAUGGCGAAAGGAGUACGGCCCGUCCAGACGAGAACUGCUCUAUGACAUCUGGACGCGCGGGAUCUCGGCGCAAGGGGAAUAUGGAUACAGGCCGUCCAUCGAACACGUGGUGAGCAACAUAACGAUCAAGCUGGACAACGUUCGCACUGCCAUGAGCAAGUUGUAUCCUGUCGCCCUCAACUUGGCCAUGCCCAUGUACAUCCGCGAGACCAUGGAGAGCUUUACGUUUUCCGGAACGGACAAGCACCACGAGGUGAACUCGGCAAAUUUGGCGUUCAUGGUCCAGGAAUCCGGACGAUACUCACGGAGGAUUGUAAAGCAGAAUGUCAACGCCAUGUUCGGAUCCUCCAUUGUCGGGCCCCAAGGCGAAACCCACCUCUCGAACGCAUUGGCGAUGGGCAACUAUCUCCCGGUGGACAAAGGCACGCUCAACGACUGGACUGAUGCGAGCAUCGAGGACGCAAUCACCAAGAAUAUGUACUACAAGACCCUUGACGCCGCGCUGCGCUCGCAGAAGCACUGGAUCCAAUGCACGACGCACCUCCUGCGCAAGAAGCACAUGAAUUCGAUCCUGCACAAGGUCGUGCAGGAAGUAUCCACAUGCAUCGCAGACAACACGGGUCCCGAACACCUCCGCUCCUGCCUUCCUCCCACCUCCAGCUCCGAGGACGGCAAGGAAAUGGUGUGCUACAUGUACCGGUGGGCGGACCGCGGCAUCGCCAUCGCGCACCACAUCGAGGACCCGUGGGGCUGGGAAAAAUACCAAGCCUUCGACCUGAGCGUGCAGAGCAUCAUCUCGUCCUCAUUCCUGACGCGCGCCUACCGGCUGUCCUCCAACAGCACGACCUCUGACGACCCUGGGUUCCCGCUGCUGAACACACGGACACUCGCCUUCGGGCCCGACUCUGAAUUCGUGACCGAUCCGGGGAACCCUGGGAUGUUCUCGCUCCCCGUGUGCGUCUCGCCCUACAACUGGAACGGACACACGAAGGGCUACUCGUUCCUGGACGACAUGGACGUGAACAGCGCAAAGAAGUCGUUACCGUGCUACUGCGGGCCGAUGGGUGCCGAUACCCGCGCGGUCUGGUCCGCUAUGCGACUCGACAUCUCCGAGAAGCGCGGUGAAUACCUCAAGCACCUUUGCCCGCGCCAGAUCGCCGCGAAGAUGAAGAAUCCCCUCGAGCGGUAUGUUGCGAAGUGCAGACUGGGCAUCAAGAAGGUUGGCGCGCUGCAUUACGAGAAGAGGGAUCACCUCUGCGACGUCGUCAUUGCGGAGCUCGAGGCACAUGAUAUCAGAAGUAUCGACCAGAUCUCCGACCAGCAGACGCUCGUCGUCAUGUGCAAGGUUAGGCAGGCUUGGCAUAAUAGGUGGAACGUCAAGUGGCGCAAGAAGUGUAGGAAGUACAGGAACACCCCCAUCAGUGCCAUGUGGGAGGAGGCGGCGGCGAUGAACACGACUAUUGCGGAGGACGCAUUGGAUGGUUUUGAGGAGGAGAGGCUCGAGGAGGCUAAGGGGAUGGAGGGGGGACAAAUGGAGGGGGAGCAGAUUGAUGAGGAGGAGAUUGAGGGGGAGGCAAAAGCGGCCAAGGAGACAUAA